CUUCUUUUUCCUGCAGCUCCCAAUAUUUUGUUCCUUGAUAGCAAUAAUAUGGUAUCUUCAAACCAUGAGAACGCUGCAGGAUCCCUAGCCUUUCCCAAAAGACUAUGGGGUAAAAUAGUUGGAUUUGCCCUGAGGCUAAAGAACUUAGGCAAAGAGGAUCCAAGAAGGAUCAUUCAUUGUUUUAAAGUGGGACUAGCUCUAACUUUUGUGUCACUCUUCUACUACUUUAAACCACUCUAUGACGGCUUUGGCCUUGAUGCAAUGUGGGCUAUUUUAACUGUUGUGGUUGUGUUUGAAUUUUCUGUUGGAGCAACACUAGGAAAAGGUUUGAACAGAAUGUUGGCAACUUUAACAGCUGGUGCUCUUGGCAUUGGGGCUCAUCGCUUAGCAACUCUUUCUGGGGAGACUGGGGAGCCUAUACUAAUUGCUCUCUUUGUUUUUAUAAUAGCUGGAAUAGUAACAUUCCUGAGAUUCAUUCCCCAACUUAAGGCGAGGUAUGAUUAUGGGUUGAUGGUAUUUAUAUUGACAUUCUGCUUGAUUUCGGUGUCUGGUUAUCGGGAUGAAGAGGUUAUACGAAUGGGAUUCGAGAGGCUAUCGACAAUUGUCCUUGGAAGCUGUGCUGCUGUAUUUGUAUGCACUUUCAUAUGUCCGGUAUGGAUUGGGGUGGAUCUUCACAAUCACAUUGCUACCAACAUCGAAAAGCUUGGGAAUUUCUUGGAAGGAUUUGAAGACGGAUACUUUAAAAUAUCUGAGGAAGGACAGCCUAUAAACAAGUCAUCAUCUCUUCAGGGAUAUAAAAGUGUUUUAACUUCAAGUAGCAAGGAAGAAAUCAUGGCCAAUUUGGCAAAAUGGGAACCCUGCCACGGCAAGUUCAGAUUUCGUCAUCCAUGGAAUGAGUACUUGAAAGUUGGGAGCGUAACUCGCCAGUGCGCUUUCAAAAUUGAAUCUCUCAACCACUACCUUACCUCUGAGAUCCAAUCACCACCAGAAGUUCGAAGUAUAAUUCAAGGGGAAUGCACAGUUAUUAGCUCAGAAUGUGGGAAAGCAUUGAAGGAACUAGCAUCUGGAGUCCGAAAAAUGACUAAAUCAUCAGCAGCAGAACCUCACAUUACGAACUCAAAAGCUGCUGCUGAAAACCUCAAAGCUGUAAUCAGAUCUAGCUUGUCUAAACACUGCGAUUACCUAGAGAUACUACAAGCAGGAGCAGUAGCUUCUCUACUGUUUGAAGUUGUCAAAUGUACAGAGGAAAUUGCUGGUGCUGUUCAUAAACUAGCAUCCCUAGCACACUUUAAGAAUGCUAAGCCUAGAGUGACCCCAGAGACGCAAGAAUUACCUUCGCAGGGAGCGGUAAAUCCAGUAUCAGGCAUCGAUGGGGCACAUCAUGUUAUAACGAUAAAUCCAUCUCAAAGUUUACGUGAAAGUGAGAACUCGUCCCCACCAGUACUGGCUCCAAGAAUGGAAGUGUAGACUUUGGAAAUGAGUAGUUUUUAGUUCUCUGUCAAUAAAUGAAGUGAUAGAUGUGCUUGUAAUCGUCAUAUGUUUU